CCAAGCCUUCCUUUUUCCUGUGUUUGUAACUCUGUUUUAUGAGAGUAAGACACCAAGCUCUCAUUAUCCACAAUAUAUUUACUUAUUGCACAAUCCCAGAAAACACAUAUAAUGUAGUUUCAUAUCAUUGUGUAAAAACAAAUAACUUAGUAGGGUACAUUAUUUGUUUACAUUUCUUUUUGUCUUCAACUUGAAGAGAAUAUGUAGUUAAAAUACUGUUUUCAGAACAAAUUACCUGGGAUUGAUUCUUUCCUCCUGUUCCGUUUCAGUGUGGUUAUGUUACUUGUUUCAAAUACAGUUAGAUUCAUUUGUUUGCUUGUGCCCCAUUUUAGGUUCUUCCACUGCCCCCUCCCCCAUUUUUUAUUUUAAGCAUAUGAAACAUUAACAUGGUUUUAGAAGAACCCUAGUGGCGUAGUGGUUAAGAGCUCGGCUGCUAACCAAAAGGUCGGCAGUUUGAAUCCACUAGCUGCUUCUUGGAAACCCUAUGGGACAGUUCUCCUCUGUCCUGUAGGGUCGCUAUGAGUCAGAACCAACUUGACGGCACCUAACAACAGCAACAACGUACAAAAAGGUAGCAUAUGUUAUUAGAAUACUGGGAUCUAAAACAUGACUUUUAAUUGUGUUUGUUCUUUCAGGGAAUACUUCACUAUUAGAACAAAUAUGUGAAAGUUCCUGGCAACCAAUGAGAAUUCCUUCCUUCAGACAUUUUUUGUUUUAACUGCACAAUUCAGAAGAUUCUUUUUAGUGCCAUGUUCUGUGGCUUGCAUCAGAAGAGGAGUUUGUCUUCAUGAAGAUUCCUAACAUUGGUAAUGUGAUGAAUAAAUUUGAGAUCCUUGGGGUUGUAGGUGAAGGAGCCUAUGGAGUUGUUCUUAAAUGCAGACACAAGGAAACACAUGAAAUUGUGGCGAUCAAGAAAUUCAAGGACAGUGAAGAAAAUGAAGAAGUCAAGGAAACGACUUUACGAGAGCUUAAAAUGCUUCGUACGCUCAAACAGGAAAACAUUGUGGAGCUGAAAGAGGCUUUUCGUCGGAGAGGGAAAUUGUACUUAGUAUUUGAGUACGUUGAAAAAAAUAUGCUUGAAUUGCUGGAAGAAAUGCCAAAUGGAGUUCCACCAGAAAAAGUAAAAAGCUAUAUCUACCAGCUAAUCAAAGCAAUUCACUGGUGCCAUAAGAAUGAUAUUGUACAUAGAGAUAUAAAGCCAGAGAAUCUCUUAAUCAGCCACAAUGAUGUUCUGAAACUAUGUGACUUUGGUUUUGCUCGGAAUCUGUCAGAAGGCAAUAAUGCUAAUUACACAGAAUAUGUGGCCACCAGGUGGUAUCGGUCACCAGAACUCUUACUUGGAGCUCCCUAUGGAAAAUCCGUAGACAUGUGGUCAGUGGGCUGUAUUCUUGGGGAGCUUAGUGAUGGACAGCCUUUAUUUCCUGGAGAAAGCGAAAUUGACCAACUUUUUACCAUUCAGAAGGUGCUAGGACCACUUCCGUCUGAGCAGAUGAAGCUUUUCUACAGUAAUCCUCGGUUCCACGGGCUCCGGUUCCCAGCUGUUAACCAUCCUCAGUCAUUGGAGAGAAGAUACCUUGGAAUUUUAAAUAGUGUUUUACUUGACUUAAUGAAGAAUUUACUGAAGUUGGACCCAGCUGACAGAUACUUGACAGAACAGUGCUUGAAUCACCCUACAUUUCAAACCCAGAGACUUUUGGAUCGCUCCCCUUCAAGGUCAACAAAAAGAAAACCUUACCACGUGGAGAGCAGCACGCUGUCUAAUAGAAACCAAGCCAGCAAAAGUACUGCUUUGCAGUCUCACCACCGAUCUAACAGUAAGGACAUCCAGAAUCUAAGUGUGGGUCUCUCACGGGCUGAUGAAGGUCUUCCCACCAACGAAAGCUUCCUAAACGGAAACCUUGCCGGAGCUACUCUUAGUCCAAUGCACAGCAAAACCUACCAAGCAAGCAACCAGCCUGGGUCUGCCAGCAAAGAUCUCACCAACAACAAUAUACCACAUCUUCUCAGCCCAAAAGAAGCCAAGUCAAAAACCGAGUUUGAUUUUAAUAUUGACCCAAAGCCUUCAGAAGGCCCAGGCACGAAGUACCUCAAGUCAAGCAGCAGAUCUCAGCAGAACCGGCACUCAUUUAUGGAGAGCUCUCAGAGCAAGGCUGGGACACUGCAGCCCAGUGAGAAGCAGAGCCGGCAUAGCUAUAUUGACACCAUUCCCCAGUCCUCUAGGAGUCCCUCCUACAGGACCAAGGCCAAAAGCCAUGGGGCGUUGAGUGACUCCAAGUCCGUGAGCAAUCUUUCUGAAGCCAGAGCCCAAAUUGCAGAGUCGAACACCAGUAGAUACUUUCCAUCCAGCUGCUUGGACUUGAACUCUCCUACCAGCCCAACCCUGACCAGGCACAGCGACACAAGAACUUUGCUCAGCCCUUCAGGGAGAAAUAACCGAAGCGAGGGCACCCUCGACUCACGCCGAACCACGACCAGGCAUUCUAAAACAAUGGAGGAGUUGAAGCUGCCUGAGCACAUGGACAGCGGCCAUUCCCACUCACUGUCUGCCCCUCACGAAUCCUUCUCCUAUGGGCUGGGCUACACCAGCCCCUUCUCCUCCCAACAGCGUCCUCACAGGCAUUCCAUGUAUGUGACCCGAGACAAAGUGAGAGCCAAAGGCCUGGACGGAAGCUUGAGCAUAGGGCAAGGGAUGGCUGCCAGAGCCAACAGCCUGCAACUCUUAUCGCCUCAGCCUGGUGAACAGCACCCUCCAGAGAUGACAGCGGCAAGAUCUUCGGUUAAAGAGUCCUCCAGAGAAGGCACUUCUUCAUUCCACUCCCGUCAGAAGUCUGAGGGUGGAGUAUAUCAUGACCCCCACUCUGAUGAUGGCACAGCCCCCAAAGAAAAUAGACAUCUGUACAAUGAUCCUGUUCCGAGGAGAGUUGGAAGCUUUUACAGAGUGCCAUCACCACGUCCGGAUAAUUCUUUCCAUGAAAAUAAUGUGUCAACCAGAGUUUCUUCACUACCGUCAGAGAGUGGUUCUGGAACUAAUCACUCAAAAAGACAAACAGCGUUUGAUCCAUGGAAAAGUCCUGAAACUAUUAGUCAUUCUGAACAACUCAAGGAAAAGGAGAAGCAAGGUUUUUUCAGGUCAAUGAAAAAGAAAAAGAAGAAAUCUCAAACAGUGCCCAAUUCUGAUGGCCCUGAUCUUCUGACAUUACAGAAAGCCAUUCACUCUGCUAGCACCCCGAGCAGCAGACCUAAGGAGUGGCGGCCCGAGAAGAUCCCAGAUCUGCAGAGCCAAAGCCAGCCUUUAAAAUCGCUGCGCAAGCUGUUACAUCUCUCUUCAGCCUCAAAUCACCCAGCUUCCUCGGAUCCUCGCUUUCAGCCAUUAACAACUCAACAAGCCAAAAACUCCUUCUCAGAAAUUCGAAUUCACCCCAUGGGCCAGGCCUCAAGUGGGAGCAGCAACAUCCGACAGGAGUCCACACCAAAGGGCAGGCCAGCCCUCCAGCUGCCAGGUCAGAUGGACCCUGGUUGGCACGUGUCCUCUGUGACCAGGAGUGCCACAGAGGGGCCUUCCUACUCUGAACAGCUGGGUGCCAAGAGUGGGCCAAAUGGGCACCCUUAUAACAGAACAAAUCGACCCCGUAUGCCAAACCUGAAUGAUUUAAAAGAGACAGCCUUGUAA